GCCCCGAUGUUGCCACUCCCGUCCUGGGUGUGUCCGCCUACCAGCGUUGCCGCUUUCGCCGUGGUAGUUCCAUGUCCCCUGUCCAUGAUUACAAUAUAUUUAACCACGGAACAUCGCACCAUUGAGAUGUUCUAUAUAUUUAAAUUGGCAAAUAAAUAAAUAUUUAUUAUUAUUAUUCGUAUUAUUUAACGAAAUUAGAAAAGGGCGUGUCCAUUUCCAUGGAAACAACGUAUGCGAUUCACAACAGUAUGCGAAUCUGAUCCGAAUAAACCUUCUGUUAAUAAUUGUCGUUAUAAAACUAGCGAUUUUCUUAGAUUCAACGAUGAUCUUGAGCCGAGCAAAACCCGCUUUUUCUGCAAACUCUGAAAAGGCUCCAAGUGAUAAUAAGGAGCAAGCUGGAGAAAAGAAUUACUUGCAAUUUGAGGGGCUCCUCUUGGCUAGGGAUUACACAGGCGCAAUCACCGUUUUAGAGUUUAAAAAGUAUCCAAGCCAAGAUUAUAAUGUCAGCUUGUGGAUAGCCUAUUGCUACUUCCACAAAGGAGACUACAAGAGCGCUCUUCACAUAUAUGAAAAACUGUAUAAACAGAAAAUCGAUGUUAAAAACCUGGAAGUUAAUAUCGCCUGCUGUUAUUUUUAUUUGGGAAUGUACGAAGAAUCUCAUGAAAUGCUCCUGCAAGCCCCUACUGGCGAUCUGAAAAUUCGUCUGAACUUCCACAUUUCUCAUAAACUGAAGGACGAGGCGUCUCUCAUGGAAAACCAUCAAAAUUUGCAGGACAUUUUAGAAGAUCAGCUCAGCUUAGCUGCCAUACACUAUUUGAGAGCUCAUUAUCAGGAAGCCAUUGACAUUUAUAAGCGACUACUUAUUCAAAACAGAGAAAAUAUAGCCCUGAAUGUGUACGUGGCACUUUGCUAUUACAAAUUGGAUUAUUAUGAUGUAUCGCAAGAAGUUCUAGGCCUUUAUCUCAAUCGGUAUCCGGACUCCGUUAUUGCAAUCAACUUGAAAGCAUGCAAUACAUUCAGGCUAUACAAUGGAGCGACAGCGGAAACCGAACUUAGGUCAAUUGUAGACCAAACAGUAAAUGUUGGAUUUGGAUACGACUUGGUCAAGCAUAAUCUGGUGGUGUUUAAUGAUGGCGAAGAUGCUAUGCAGGUAUUUCCAAUUUUGGUUGAUGUUGUGCCAGAAGCUAGACUCAACUUGGUAAUACAUCAUUUGCGAAUCGGGGAUCUCAGAGAAGCAUAUGAGCUGCUGAAAGACACGCAACCAGCAAUACCGCAGGAAUAUAUACUGAAAGGCGUGGUCAAUGCAGCUUUAGGUCAGGAAAUUAAUUCGGAAGAUCACGUAAAAACGGCUGAGGAAUGUUUCCAUCUUGUGGGAAGUUCGUCAAGCGAAUGUGAUACGAUUCACGGGAGGCAAUGCAUGGCAGCUGCUUUUUUUUUAGCUGGUCAGUUUGAGGAAGUAUUGGUUUAUUUAUCCAGUAUCAAGAGUUACCUCCAUUCAGAUGACACAUUCAAUUUCAAUUUCGCCCAGGCAAAGACGGCUUGCCAACAUUUCAAGGAUGCAGAAGACAGCUUCUUACUAAUUCAGGAUCCCAAAAUCAAGAACCAUUACGUGUAUAUUUCAAACUUAGCGCGAUGUUUUGUUAUGAACAGAAAGCCACAAGAAGCCUGGGAAUUAUAUUUGAGAAUGGACAAUACACCACAAAGCUUCAAUUUGCUUAUCCAAAUAGGUAAUGACUGUUACAAAAUGGGGGAGUUCUGGUAUGCUGCGAAAGCUUUCGAUAUGUUGGACCGAUUAGACCCGAAUCCAGAAUUUUGGGAAGGAAAACGUGGGGCUAUAGUUGGCGUUUUUCAGGGCGUGGUAGCUAAAACACACUCUGUGGAUAUGCUUAGCGACAUCCUUCAACUUUUAAGGACCAGCAACUUGGGCCAAGCAGAGCAUAUCGCAAAAGUCAUCAGAAAUUGGGCCAAGGAUGAGAGACUGACCAUAUCCUAAUUUUAAGAUUUAUUAUCGGCAGUUUAAUUGGUGUCCGGGAUUUUUUGUUACUUCAAUUCAAAUUUAUCUAUUCAAGUUGCUUUGGAUGCUGAAAAAAAUUAUUCAAAGAAGCAACAAUCAAAAUGACAAAUAUUUUAAUAUGCAAUAUUCUCUAGUGAAAUAAAUAUAUUAGUCUAAAUCACACAUUACCGACAUGUACACUAAGGGCCGGUUGCACAAUCCAAGUUCAGCGGUGAACGUGGUUCAACGAAAAUUUUCGGUUGUCCCAAUCGCGUUCAAGCCUGGUCAUAUUAUAACCUAAAGGUGUUUACGGUUUUGAUUUUAUAACAUAUAACAACAUAACACAGGUGUUUAUAAGUAUUAAAUUUUUAUGUUGUGAAAAUUGACCUCGAAAAAAAAAAUGGUUUGAAUCUGUUUUUUUACACUCGAUAUGUGCUUUAUGCAUUUUUACUAAAGCCAGCAAAAUAUUUUAUUCUUUCGACGUAAAAUUCGUUGACCGGGAGAUUUCGUAAUGGCUUCCAUAAUGAAAAGAUUUCGCUGAAUCUACUAAACUAAAGAAAAAUAUAUUUUAAUGCUUACAAUGGUCCAAUCAAUUCAGUAUCAGACCCUCGUCUCGUCUUUAUCUAUGAUCAGACCAUGUGGAUGCGGUUCAGUUCAAAUAUGCUGGACUGACAAACAUAGUUGCCAAUCAAAGAAAACCAAAUAUACCACAUUUUCAGGUGACGACGGUUCAGUCCAACCAUCGUUGAACUUGCUUUUGUGCAACCGGGUCUAAGAUUAAACUUUUAUUAAAAGUUCUUAGUUAACAUUUCAGAAGUUCUGAAUAAUGAUCACACGGACAAAAGCGUUAUAUUAUAUACUCCGUACACUAUAACUCGAGUGUUGCUGCCAUACCCGCCUUAAAUUACAUAUAUAAACAUAAAUACUCGAAACAGUUUUAAAUUAUCUCAAUGUUGUCCCCCUUUUGAUGAUUAUUGCUUACGGAAUAAGGGUUUAUUCGAAAAGCACAAAUAUACCGUCAACGCAAAAGUAGUGUCUUAAAAAAAAAUUCCCAUCAAUCUACGAUCGAUUCAACAUCGCUUUAAAUUAUGUAGUAUUUCAAAGUGCUUUCGCAUUUUAUGAUUGCUUGAAGUUCUACAAUGCCCAAAACGCAACAAAAAAGAUUCGACUUAUCAGACAAAUUUCAUGCAUAAUUGUUUUUCUGUUGGUAGUCACACUUCAUCAGUGAAGACGUGCGACCAGUUAUACUGUACGGAGUAGGAGUGUUUAGUAGAGUUUCCCAAACCGUGUUCCGCGAAAAUAUUUGCUUGACAAUUGUCCUUUACUUCAUACGCUCUGUGAUUUUUUAGGUGUUAAAAUGUUACUCAUAAAAAUUGUGACCUUUUUUGUCUUUUUAGGUGUUAAAAUAAAGUUCAGUAGAAUUGAAUGUUCCGUUGUGUUUCGACAAAGUUUGGGAAACCCUGGUUAGGACAAUGUAUCUGGGCGUAGCCACCUGGCAUACUCUUUUACAGCAUGAUAUAAAAUGUUAAAUAUACUUCUAUUUGUGCAUGUUGCGAGUCGAAA